AUGGCCGAUCUUCGCGCCCUUGCUAAGAGUGAGCGACGUGUGCUGAAUACGCUGGAAGGACUGGAGAAUUUCGCGCGGAGAUACGAUCCACAAAUUGCAGUGCGCCUGGAAUCCCUGGAGGCAAUCUGCAAGGAGUUUUACGCGAUUCGGCAACGAAUUGAGCUGCUAACGGACGAAACCGCUGAGGAUGAGGACGACAAGGAUGUCCAAAUGCGCGAAAAGGCCAACCUGGCGACGCUUACCGAGUUCGAGGAGCGGUAUUUUCGAUUAAAGGCCAGUCUCACAUCGAAGCGAGCUCCCCCACCACCAAUUGCGACGACGUCCGGAAUCGGUCAACCUGGUGACCGGUCAGAAUCCUCUUUUUCAAAGGUGAAGCUACCAGAGAUUCGCCUUCCUUCGUUUGGUGGGAGGAUUAAGGAGUGGGUCCCGUUCCGAGACAGCUUUUGCAGCCUGAUCCAUGAGAACAAGCAACUCAACGACAUGGACAGGUUCAGCUAUUUGAAGUCGGCUCUUUCUGGAGAAGCGUUGCAAGAGAUCGAGUCUGUGGCAGGCAUUGCAUUCAUCAUCUGA